AUGCUGAAAAUAUCCAAAAAAUUGAAUAAGGGACAAAAAAGGCGUCAGCAACUUCAUAAAAGAGAAGUAUUUAAUGCUAAAGUUGCCGAUGUUAUCACUAGUAAUGAAUAUAAGCCAGGAGAACCUUACUAUGUCGUCGAAAUAACUACGUUAUUAGAGCAUCCUUUUCAGCUCGUAAACGGAGCCAUUGUUCAAAAACUAUCAACCUAUGGAAUAUUAACGAAACAACAGUUGCCUAAAUUACCAAGAAUUAUAAUCUUUACGCCUAUGGGUAAAGCUCAUGUGAAUUUUAUCGCACGUGAGAAGCCAUUAUUUCUUACUGAAGAAGAAUUAGACAAUUGUGAGAAAUUUCAUCGAUUUUUAUUUGAGAAUGUUAUCAAGACAAGAAAAGAUACAAGAUUUAUCAAAAAUGAAUCUAUUAAGUACUAUCUCGUUGUCCCACUAAGAGAAAAUGGAGAACUUCAUUAUGAAUUAAUAACAAGUUGCAUUAAUUUUCUUCGCAAUGAAAAUUACCCAAAUCGUCAAGUAUGUAAAGAAGUUAUAUUACAAUUUCCGCAUCAAGUUGUAGUAAAGCCAAGCUACUCUCUAAAUAGUCAGAGUUUAAAUUGGAUGCUAAUUAGAAAGGUAAGCGAUGCAACACCUAUGUCUGAAUUUCAUGACACAUCUAUUGCGGCAACAUUUUAUGAUUACUAUAAAAAUCAAUACUCGAUUGACAUCAGCGAUAAAGAGCAAAAGUUAGUCUGCCUCCGAAAAAUACCAAGUAAUAACAACAUGCUGAAGAAAUUUCAUAGAAUAUUAACCCUUACGUCAAAAUCUAAGCAAUCGCCCCACUUUGUACCGGAAUUGUUAGCUAUUCAUCCGUUGUCUGCAAGCCGUUUUAUGACUACAGUCUGCUUGCCUUCGAUCUUAUUUCGUGUAGAAUCAUUACUCUCCGUCGAUGAACUCCGGCUAAAGAUAGCUCGAGAAACUGGACUGGGCUUAGAUGAUAGUAGAAUGGAUAAUAGUUUUAUUCCACUCCUUCAAGAUGCAUCAACUUAUUACACCAAAAAGAUUGGGAUUUUGCCUCAUGUUUUUCAUCAAAUUAAAUUAAAAGAUCGCUAUACGCUAAUAACCUUAGGCAAUGGAAAAGAUAAUUAUUUACAUAUAUCCAAUGAAGAAAAAAGAAGACUUGUCGAUCGAAAAUUGAAAAGAGGUCGAGAAAAGAAGAAGCAGCUCGUAAUUAACCAUUGCAAGCAGUUGCGAAGAACGAUCAGUAAGCUAACAAAGAAAACUAGAAAGUGGUUAAAAAUUGUGCCUAUUUCAGUCAGUAAGCGUCUCUUUCCUAAAUUUCAUCGUCGCUUAUUGCAUUCCAAAUUGAAAUCUAAUCGAAAUAAAGCUGUUUUGAAAAGGCCAGGCCCAAGUGUUUCAAUGCUACUGCAGGCUCUCACAUCGCUAUCAGCAGACGAUUUCUUCAAUCAUGAACGCUUGGAAAUUCUAGGAGAUUCCUACUUAAAGUUUAUCACUACUGCCGAUUACUUCUUUCGAAAUCCAAAUAUGAAAGAGGGUGCUAUGAGUCUUAUGCGUGCCAUUAAUGUCUCUAAUUCCCAUUUAUCACGUACUAGCAAGCUCAAAGGAUUAACACUGUACCAAUUCAACACACCAUUCAAAUUAAAGCAAUGGUUACCACCUGGGUUUACCUGCAUUAGGAAUAACGCUAAUCUUGUUGCAAAUAAUAUGCUUACGGACGGUAGUAAACAGCGUGAUAGCGAAUCUUUUAAACAAGUUAUGUCAGUUAAAAAUAUUUCUGAUACCGUUGAAGGCCUGGUUGGUGUUUAUUCUUUAGCUAGCGGACCAGUUGAUGCAGCUCGGUUAUUGCCUUGGAUUGGAUUAGACAUUGAUCCGAAUGUAUUAAUAGAAAAGGAUAAAAGCGUAAAUUUUGAAAUACCAACGACUGAUGAAGAUAUCCAAUUAAGUAGCUGUAUACUCCGUAAUACUGAUUAUCAAUUUAAUAACUUUUAUUGGUUACGAAUAGCUUUUACACACUCAUCUGUUGCCAGUGAAAACUAUCAACGAUUAGAAUAUCUGGGCGAUGCUAUACUCGAAUAUUUAUUGAUUGAGUUUGUCUACUGUCGAAAACCAUACUUUGGACCUGGUAAAAUUUCACAUUUCAAGUCGGUAAUGACGCGUAAUCAGACAUUUAGUCUAAUCGCCAUAGCAUUCCAAUUUUACACGCAUAUUCGAUGCCAUUCAAAGUUAAAAUUAGAUAUUAUGGAUAGUAUUCAAAAUUUUAAAGAAAUAUUGUUGGAUAACCAUCAAGAUGAUCAUCAGCCAGACAUUGGACACUUUGCAAAUCUGGCAUAUCAAUUGUAUACUUCUAAUCGGUAUCAGAAACUCCCCAAAGUCUGUGCCGACGUCUUUGAAGCCUUUAUUGCUGCCAUUUAUUUGGAUUGUGGUAAAAAAUUGAGAACAGUUUGGAAAGUUGUGUACAAAAUGGUUCAACGAAUUCUAGCUGAUAUUCUCAAUGACGUAGGUGGUCUAACUAGUACUAUCCAUGAUAUGUUUCCAAACAGAAUUAGAUAUCAAGUAAUCAAAAGGAGUAAUUCAAGUAAAAAGCAUCGUAGGAUGUUCCUUGAUCAUCCCAAAUUGGGCAUGCUGACUUCUGAAGGCAUAGGAACAAGCAAUACAUCAGCUAAAGAUGAUGCCAUCCGCAACAUGCUCUCACAUCUGGAGUGUUCAGAUCAAGAGAUUGAAAGUAGCAACAAGUCCUGA